AUGAGUUGGAUGCUCUCCAUGUGGGUGGCCGCGGCCCUGCUGGUGCUAUGUAUGGGAGAAAGCUCUGUGCUUGAAGGUAGGCCUUUACACAGAUGAUGGAUUAGCAUGAAAAUUGUCAGAGAAAAAGCUAUGGGGAAAAAUGUCCUGAUUUGAAUGCUGUUAGUUACGUAACCUUUAUUUAUUUGCUAAUGACUAAUUCAGAGAGAAAAAUCUGAUGCUGAAAUGUAGCCAGAGACUUACCACCAAUAAAACCUAGCCAGCAGUGACAUUUACUUCAUCUAUUUUCUCUUAUUUCAGGAAUGAACCCGUCUGAGUCCGGUUACCAUAUGUGCAUUCACAAUGAGACAAGGUUAGUUAGUUUCCUGGCGAUACACAAGGUCCCCUACACUGUGACAAAGCCGUGUGGAGACUGGCUCCUGUUCAAGACAUGUACAGUCACUCUUUCCAGGAUGGUCCAUCAGAUUGAGUACAGGACAGUGACAGAGGAGGUAACCCGGUGCUGUGAUGGCUAUGAACAAGUCGGCCGAUACUGUGCCCCACGUGAGUUCGCUGCUUAUUAUUAUUAUUAUUAUUAUUAUUAAUAUUUGUUAUUAUUACUAUUAUUAUUACUAUUUUUCAUUGAUAUUUAUUUGAAAAUAUAAUCCAAAAAAAGCUAAUACUUUUUAUCUCAAGUGUAAAGUGUCUGCAUAACAAUGGAACAGCAUCACACACCCUGACAAGCACAUUAUCAGCUUGACCUUUCAGUGUGUGAUGCUGUGUGUGAGACACCAGAUGGAAGCACAGCAAACGUCCUGCUGCAAACAUCUCGCUGAUAAUAAAUCAUCUCAAACGUGUUAUCUCUUCAAACAAAGCUGUAAACAGGAUCAGGGAGUUAACCGCCAAGCCAGGAUCCUGUCCAACUGCAGAUGGAUCGAGUCCUGGAUCUGAGGCCUGUGAGUGGGACAUGGACUGCCCAGGCUGGCAGAAAUGUUGCCACAGACUGAAUGGUUCUUUCUGCAGUAACCCUGCAAGUUAGUAUUUUUUAUUCCUAUUAUUAAUAUUAGGAGGAUUAUGUCAUCACCUCAUACUUAAAGACUUUUUCACCCCACAACCAAGAUUAACUCUGUAUACACUACUGCAGGUUUAGGAGGUAAAACACUUUGUCAUCUGCAAAACUCCGAAAAUUACAUCGUUCAUCAGAAUGAUUAUAGCAUAAAUUAGCAUAUAUGAUCAAUAACUCUAAAAUCUUGCAAAAUGGUGGACAAUAGAAUGAGUAUUACACUAAAGCUACUUAGCCUCCUGGUACAUCCACUGCAGCUGAAGUUGUCAGUUCAACUCCUCUCCUUGUCAGGUUGACCGUGUAUACUAUAAUAAUAUACAAGGCUCUGGUGUUGUUGCCACAAAUCAAUAAGCUGGUUUCUUUAUUCAUCUCUAUCUUUGCUUUGUGUUUGCUAUCACUGCCAUGGCUGCAUAUGUUGUGCUUCCUUCUUUAGUCUGCUUGCUUACAGGUUAGCAGUCAUUUCAUUCCGCUUUACCACACACAACACAUGCUUGGCUGUCCUGCUUGGGAUUCCUCUAUACAGCAGGAUCUCUGAUAUUAAAUUGAACAUGUUCAUGAUUUUGAAUAACAAUUUUGUUGUGACCACUAGCUUAAAAUCCGAGCCACAAGCUCAGGCUAAAUGUAGUUAACCUUGUGAUACACAUGAAAGAAGAACAUGAGAAAAAACAUCCAUUCCUUUAUUCACAUCACUAUGUUGAAUGAAUAUUGUUAAUUAAGACAAAAAAUGUGCAGUGGCAUAACACCGCAGGGCUCUGAGGUAUCCUCCAAACUACUAGCACAUGAUGGCAUGGCCACUUGAUCAAAGGAGACAAUCGACAUCUCAUCCUGGCGUGUGUGCAGAAACGUUUUGCCGAUUAGAUAUUCCACAGAUCGCCUGAAAGACUCUACAGUGCUCAAUUCAAGUUUUUGCGUCUUGGUAAGUAAGUUAAUAAUUCAUUUGUAAAACUGUUUUUCUGCUGGACUGUAAUCUAUUCUAACGGCAGCCCUUCUAUUUGUAAGGAAGAGGAUUAGGGCCACUGAAAAAAAAAGGGGUCAGAUAUUUUUUUUAUCAUUAUUCGGAGAAAAAAAGGUCUGAAUUAUCCGAUUAAAGUCAGGAUUCUGACUUUUAUCUCAGAAUUUAUCUCACAGUGGACAAAAGCUUUAUUCUCUCAGAAGCCAUUCCCUGCAUCCACAAUGGAGAGUCCAUAUCCUACCUGUUUUGCAAAUGGACGACUGACACACUAGCUAAACUGGAACAUGACACCCGUCUCAUGUGACAAAUCCAAAACUUCAGACACAUAAAGGGUGAAUAUUUAACUACAAAUGUUACACUAUUCCUUCCAUUGAAAUAUCAAAUACUAGUCAGUUGUCCACUCCUAUGUUGUGAAACUGGUAAGACAUGGACUCUCCAUUGUGGAUGCGGCGGAUGACCUGAGAGGAUCAUGCUUAUUUCCACAGUUUUUAUCUUUGGAGAAAAAGCCAGAAUUCUGACUUUAAUCUCAGAAUAAUAAAAACAAAAUCUAUGUAGGACCUUUUUUUUUUCCAGUGGCCCUACUCCUCUUCCGUACAUUUGGGACAGGCUGUAUCUGUGCGCUGAUUUGAUUCAAACUGCUCUGUGACCGCUCCUCAAGCGUUCAGGUUCUGAUGGCAAACAUAACUGACAAAAUUUGAGUAAGGGGCUCAGUUCUACUGAGUGUUUGGAUUGACAGCAUAAGUUGAACUCGUAAGUGGCUGAUAAAACGUUUAAUAGAAGCUAAGUUAAGGUCAUGGGCUACAGUCACUUUGCUCUCUUGCCUUCUUCAAAUUUUAUAUUUCUGCAUGGUUUUACUCUGAGACAGACGCUUAUACUAUACUAUAUACUGAGCAUCAGAGUAAUCAAGUUUAAAACUAGGCAGGGAAGAUGAGACAGAGGAGGAUAACAGGGAUAGUGAGCUAGCAGUGGAUAGCUAACUAUCCGGUGGAGCCAGUACAAAUUUGGUUUUGAAAAACACUUUGAAACAACUAAAAGAUUGGCAUCAAAGAAUUUUUUUGCUGAAGAAAUAAUUUGAAUAAAAUAGACACUUAAAAUUAUGUUAUUUCAUUACUAAUUGAUUUUACAAAAGGUGUAAGUGAGCUAUCUUAUCACCUCCCCCUGUAUGCAAAAGGUGUCGCAGAAAGACAGACUGAAAACCACUGUCUACCAUUAUAGAUUAAUGAUGAUCUGUAUCAUCAUAGAAAAUACUUUAAUGAAAAAAGUUCUGAUAAAUAUUUACAGAUUGUCAUGAAUGCACAGUUAAUUAGAAAGAAAAUGAUAUAAUUUUCUGUGUCUAAAAUUCAGCUAAAUUUUUCAAAACCAAAUUUUAAUUUUCUCUCCCAAAUACAAAAUUCAAGUUACUGUGAAUUCAGUCUUUAGCUCAGUCUGUAAAUAUGUGCUGGAAAACACAUCACUCAGAGAGUUCACAUAAAGCAUUGAUGUAAUUUCUCCUCUUGAUGGAAAAAGGCAUUGGCCUUUUAAAGUCCUUUUUUAUUUACUCAUUUAAUUUUUGCAGGUUCUUCUCAUUUGAUGUUUUGUGAUGUGCAACAGGACCAAACCCACAUACAUUUUGGUGAGUGUCUUUAAUAAAUAGAUCAUUUACAGGUAUUUUUCAAACACAUGCUGUAGAUUUGCUGAUAAAUAUACUGCAGGGCUCAACAUUAUAACAGGUCGAAUGGCCUAGAUGCAUGGUUGACAAAGCCCUUAUCAACAGAGGGGUAAUAAUGAUUGUGUUGUUGAAGCACCCAAUAUGUGCUAUAUUUAAAAUAAAUGCAAAAUAUAAAAAAUAAAAAGUCUCUUCCUAAUAUACAUGAAAAACCAUAAUAUAUAUUGAAGAAAGAACAAAUAAUUUCAGAAUAAUGUGCAACCCUGAAUCACUAUGCAGUAAUACCAUGAAACUGUGACACUAAUGUCAUCAUACCAUCAGAAUCAGAUACCAGCCAAGGCCUCGAGGAGCCACUGCUGUUACUUUUGCUGGCUAAAGGCUGGUUGAGGCUCAGGUGGAGGAAGUUUGAUCACUCAGCCAAUCACUUUGUGCCUUCUUUGAUUGAAUGCUUCAUGUGAUUGGUCCACCACCUCAGCAGUUUGUGGAGAGGUGAUGUUAAGGUUUAAAGUGCACUUCGAGAUAAUUCUCUGUAAUGCAGUUUUGUACCGUUUAACAGAUAUUUUGAUAAUUGAACACCUUAAACACUGUUGAUAUGUGUUCCCAUUUAAAUCAGAAGAGCAGAACAGCAUUUAAAGCUUAAUAAUUCAUUCAUUUACAGAAAAAGUGUCCAAGAUAAUACAUGCUAGAAAUUUAGCAGCCUCCUGAAACUGCUAGGGCUGCUCUUGCUCUUGCCCUAUUUAGCCAUGAAAUUAUCGCCUUCUUUUGCAAACGUUAUGUUUGUUUACACUGGUGUGUGUGGGAACUGGGGAGUGCUCUCACAGACCAGGGGAGUCUACGGUGGCCUGGAGGCGCGAGACAUAAUAGGGAAGAAAAUCAAUUUGACAAUUUAAAUUUUUUUAACAUUGUCAUAAUCAAAUAACUUAUUACAAUUUAAAAUUGAUUAAUCAUGUAGCCCUAAUAACUACGUGUCAUGUUUUGAAAAAGCAAACCAAGCGUGGUUAUGAAUUUCACCCAGAGUGUUCUUAUUGACAUACCUAACAGAAAAGUGUGUCAAAUAAAAUUCUUCAGGCCAGAGUAUAUACAGAUGUAUUAAUUUAAAAGGAAUCAUGAUUAAUUUUUGUCUCACAGUAUCCAACUUGAAUUAUCUGCCCGAUAAUAAUGAAGGAAAAGGGACUUUUUAGUUCUCUAUUGUAGAAAUCAUAUUCAGAUCUUGUUAAUGAGGUGUGCUAAACCAAAUUACAACCAUUGAAAUGCUCCAUACAUGCCCUAUCAUGACCACCGCGCUAGUGUGAAACAUUUCACCUCUGAGCUGGACUUUAUUGGAGCUUUUUUCUAUCUGUAUCUGAUGCCUUUCAACAGGUUUGAAUAAUAUAGUGUGCACUGUUUUCACCUCUUUCCUUUUAUUAUACCUAUUUUUGUGGAUUUCAAUGAGGUCAUUUUCAUUAGUUCCCUCUAAGACGACAAUGACAGCACUGAGAACGGCAACCACAUGAAACCAGUCUCACCUUUACCAGAUCUGGCAUGAAACGCACAGUCAAGAGGUGUGGUCAUUACAUGUACUGUGUGAGGUGUUCAGACUUGGGGCUCUAUUUUCGUGUACGCCGGGGACGCGGCGGAGGGCGGCAGACCCCGUGCAGUGGUAUUUUUGUCUGGCGGAGCCCGGCGUACAGCCACUUUGGUAUUUUCGUGGACUAAGGCGCACCGAGGUCCGCCAAGCUGGGCAUGGUGGCGUGGCAGAGGGAGGUGUCGUCAGAAUCAGCUGGCGCAGUGACAUUUUCUUGCUUGCUGGUGGCGUAUAAAGUGCGCUGAAAGCUCGCCGAUUCAAAACUGGUCAGCUUUCAGCACAGGUGGAGUGCAGCUGGUCUAAUAGUAUUUUGGUAGACCAGAGGCGUAUCAGCAUGCGUCACCGAUGCCUCACCGGCAGGUUUCCACAGUGUCAGGCCCAUUUCAGUGAAAUAAAUAAUCAUCAACAACUAAUAAUCUGAGUCAGCACAUACAUUUAGAUCUAUGUAGAUAUAUUCUGAUCUAUAUCUGAUCUGAUGAGCACGUUUGGCACAUGUUUGGACACUCAACCUGACCGAAUCAACACAUCUGAAACCGCAUUAAAUUAAAUUAAAUAUCUAGAAAAUAGACUCACAUGAUGAAGUGAACAAGAUAUGGAAUUCGUCUCCCUCCUUUUCUUUCUUCCUCUUAUUUCUCGCGCAGCUUGACCUGGACAUGUCUCCAUGUCCUCUCCCCGUCCUGCUGCUGCUGCUGCAGAGGCUGACCAGAUGAUUUGUUUCAGAUCAGAUCAGAUGAGUUAUUUACUUUAAGCCUACAUAUGAAUAUUAUAAAAUUCAGUUUUGUGAGCCAACUUUAUUUCACAUGCCAACAUUGAUGAAAGAAAGAGCCAGGCCACGGAGCGCAAUGCGUCAUUUACGCACAGAUGGUUCCGAAUUUAAUGCCAUUAUUAAAAUUUAUGUUGUGAUCUGUGCGCACAACCCACCUUUGUCACGUGAGAUUUAAAUAUAUGUAACUUUAUGUGAGUGUCUUUAUUUGAGGAAAAGGGUGUUUGUCUUACCAGUGGGUCCAACAUUACACACACCAAAUCCAUCUGUGCUCAUAUGAGAGAGUGUGGAGGACGCCCUCUGCAGCGUUUACAGUGACACUUGUUUAGGGGCUGCCUUCUGUUGCCAUCGUGUGGCAUUACUGUCUUCAGACAUCACUUGAUCUCUUUGACAACUCCACGAAAAUUGUAAUACGCCUCGCCGGUGGCAGAUUUAAAGGUGAGGAGAGGAGCUGAUGUUAUUGGUCAAUACAGGUCUCGGCUGUGUUAAACCCACUCCACGCCCUCUCUCCUCCCUCCCUAUGAUUUAUGCUGCUGGGAGGGGCUGAGUUAGGGAGGGGGGAUACUUAUGCUGGGCCGCGCCGCUCACCAAAAUACCAAAAUGUGCUUGGGAACGCCUUUUCAGCGUGGCGGACCUGACUUGCGCCCCUGAAGCACGAAAAUAGAGCCCUUGUAGUCUAGAGAGAGACCGAUUUAUCAGUCAGCAGGAUGAUGUCAAUUAGGCUGAUGAAUAGUUUUUUACAAAUAAUCUGUAUCAUGUCUGCCUCGGUGCUCACAGUCCUGAUAUAAAAUUUUUCUUAUUCCCAAUGACAGCAUAUUAAAUCUCAAAGGGUUUCGUGUUUAAUAAAAAUUUUGCUUUAAUGUGAAAUUUAAUAACCUAAACAAACAAACAAAAGACAUGUAACAUUUGUAUGAUAGUAUGUCGGCCCACUUUCUCUCUUAAUGUCGGGAUCGGCACUGGCUGUUCUGUUUAGUCAACAUAAGUGGAAGGGAAUUCAACGUGGUCCACUAUCUGCCAGCGCUUAGGUAGCCUAAUAGCUUAAUUAAUGUAAAAGCCUCCUUGGGUUUAAAGGAAAAAGUACCUGAAUAUCAUCUGAAUACAGAUGACAUAACUCUUUAAUCUGUCCGAAGGGCAGUAGAUAAAUAGAGAUUAAUAGAGGCCAUGAGACUGAGCUCUGCAGUACACCAAAUAUCAGUGGAGAAGACUGGCACAUAAAACCAAUGUCCCUUUCUGGACCUUGAGUUUGAUGACUUACCAUGCUUGACACUUGCAUGUGAUCAGAGGGAAGGUCAGAGGUCCUUCAGCAUGUCCCUCCUGCUGAUACAGUGAAGUGCAGAGUCUUGUGUUAAAUGUGACCCUCCUGAUGAAAAGUUAGAGGUUAAGUUGGAGGUCAGUUUCUGCCAAAACCAUUUUGCACUGUCUCAGUUUGGGGUUGUUGUGACAUAUGACAUCAUGAACAAGUUUUGCAUGUAUGUGAAGCAGCUGCUGUAAUGUGUUAUAUUGAGUGAAUUUAUAAGGAUAAGAAAGCCAGGUGUGGUGUGUGGACAGGGGGAGAUGGGGAUAACUGAAUUGAAAUUAAUAAAUGACCAUGUGAUACAAGUAGUGUGAUGUACUGAUGUAUUUUCACCUUCUUUUCUCUCUUCUUCCUCUUAGAACAGUAUCGUAAGUUGCAGUAAUGUUCUCUUCAUGUCUGCAGAGAGGAUCUUGCCUUUCCACCGUGAACACCUGAUCGAGAAGUCUUCAGUCUUCAAACAGAAAUGACAACACCUGUCCGGAGCUCCAGUUUCCUGAACGUGGCACCAUGUAGAGACUCAGUGCCACCUGUCUUUAAUCAACUCAGGACCCAGUGACUUGGACACCAGUCCUUGGGCUCUAUUUUCGUGCCUCCCCAGAGACGUUUCGCAGGCGCGGCGUAAGUCAGGUCUGCCGCACUGACAAGGCAUCCCCAAGCACAAUUUGUUAUUUUGGUGAGCGGCAAGCCCGGCGUAAGUAUCUCCCCUCCCUUACUCAGCUCCUCCCAGCGUAAGUCGUAUUGAGUGAGGAGAGAAGGCGUGGAGUGGAUUUAACACAGCCGAGACCUGCAUUGACCAAUAACAUCAGCUCCUCUCCUCACCUUUAAAUCCGCCACCGGUGAGGCGUGCUACAAUUUUCGUGAAGUAGUCAGAGAGAUCAAGAGAUGUCUUAAGACAGUGAUGCCUCACGAUGGCGACAGAAGGCAGCCCCUUGUUAACAGAGUUACCGUCAACUUCUUCAGCAGCACUAAGCCAGAAAACAAUAAAGCGAAUAAAGGAGACCGAGACUUGUGCGUCGUGUUCACUCAUUCAACUGAUCCAAGUUUGUUUUGAAUAGCAAAUAUAUACAGGUGUAGGUAACAGGCACUUCCGGUCCAGUGCUCCACAAUUAGAGUGAACACAAUACAAUACAAUUGAGGUCAUAUCUCAACACCCCUAAGUUUGUUUUAAUGAAUGGCAAAUAUAUACAGGUGUAGGUAACAGGCACAGAACCAUCUGUGCCUAAUGACGCAUCGCGUUCUGUGGCCUGGCUCUUUCUGUUGGCAUAUAAAAUACAUUUGGCUCACAAAACUGAAUAUUAUAAUAUUCCUAUGUAGGCAUAAAGUAAAUAACUCAUCUGAUCACUGAAACAAAUCAUCUGUUCAGCCGCCGCAGCAGCAGCUGCAGCAGGACGGGGAGGGGACACGGAGACAUGUCCAGGUUGAGCUGUGCAAGAAAUAAGAGGAAGAGGAAGAAAGAAAAGGAGGGAGACGAAUUACAUAUCUUGUUAACUUCAUCAUGUGUGUCUAUUUACUAGGUAUUUAAUUUAAUUUAAUGCGGUUACAGCUGUGUUGAUUCCAGUGGCGGCUGCUGGUCUUUCAAUGAGGGGAAGCUCAUUUUUCUGGCCUACAUCAUAAUUGUGUUUGUUUAUUUGUAUGUAACAGAACGGAGUCGCCAAACACAACAGCAGUCGUUUCUAACAAAGACAAAAGUCGCUGAGGAUCAGUAAAGUCUCCGGAGCAGUUAAGAACAACGGAAUGAAUACUUGGAAAAUGCUCUGGUAGAUGUUUUAUUCUUCAAGAUCGCUGAUUCGCUUGUUCAGCUGUCAAUCAAAAAAGGAUUUCGCCUCAGACAGCUCAUCCAAUCAUGGAUGCAGAAGCUCAGCGUCCGCUAGAAAGUUGGGACCGCCCUCUCGUCAUAGAACUCCAGAGACGCUGAGCGUCCGAUGGGCGGGACAAAGCCCAGCAUUUAUCCAAUGAGCGUCUAGUUUUGCUGCUGGAACAACCCACUUUGAGCUUCCACAUUGAAGUCAGCAGACGCUGAGCGUCCGGCUGUUUAAAGCGCUGAGGCCCUGCGAGGAUGAAUGAGAGCGAAGUUGUGCCGGUUACCUGUGAUUAUCAGCUUCUUACCACAGUGUGAUAAGAUGCUGAUUCUGAACAAAAGAUGAAGGCUUUCUAGCACGUAUUUAGUUACGUAGCAGUACGUAUUUCACCACUUUUUCUUUUUUUUGGGGGGUGACAUUUUAAGGGAAGCUGAGCCUCCCUUGCAGUCUUAGAGCAAUCACCACUGGUUGAUUCGGUCAGGUUGUGUGUCCAAAAGCAUGCCAAAUGCACUCAUCAGAUCAGAUAUAGAUCAGAAUAUAUUGAUAUAGAUCUAAAUGUAUGUGCUGACUCAGAUUAUUAGUUGUUGAUGAUUAUUUAUUGCACUGAAAUGUGCCUGACACUGUGGAAACCUGCCGGUGAGGCAUCGGUGACGUAUGCUGAUAUGCCGCAGGUCUACCAAAAUACCACUAGACCAGCUGCGCUCCGCCUGCGCUGAAAGCUGACCAGGUUUGAAUUGGCGAGCUUUCAGCGCACUUCAAACGCCACCGGGAAGCAAGAAAAUGUCACUGCGCCAGCUGAUUCUGUCAACACCUCCCUCUGCCACCACUCCGCGGGGUCCGCCACCCUCCGCCACCUCACCGGCAGACACGAAAAUAGAGCCCCUUAUGAUUAAAGAAUAUUAGAAUAGAAUAGAAUUAGAAUAUUCCUUUAUUGAUCCCCCAUGGGGGAAAUUUUUUUGUCACAGCAGCAUCACAGACAAGACAGAAAGUGCAAAAUGCAGUUAUAACAAUAAGGGUCCUAAUAUUAAGAACUUAAUAAAUGUAAUAAUUAAGAAAAAAAAAAAUUGAAAAGAGAAAAGGGAGAAGAAAAAAUAAAGCUUUCUGCAAUAUACACAAUUUAAAUGCCAUAAAAAAAGUGGUGGUGUAAAUCCAGUUUUGUUACUGUUCAUUGUAAAGUCUUAUUGCAGAGGGGAGGAAUGAUCUGCGGUAGCGCUCCGUCCUGCAGGGUGGUUAAAUUGUAUUUAUUUGUAUUUUUCACCUGACAUUCUGCCAGUUUUAAGCGACUGCUUAAACUAUGUUCCAGAUGGUUUCUAUAGCUAACAGGAUCAUAUUAAAUUGACAGAGGGCUUUUUGUUUGCCCCUGCUCAGGCCUCAUGCUUAAACUUUUGUCUAUGUUUGUGGCUGCAGAGGGGAUCAUGCCUGUCCACAGUGAACAUCUGGUGGACAACAUGUGAGACCUGAAGACCAGCAAUAAUCUUCACUCUUUUUUUUUAAUGUGUCUGUGAAUCACCAUCCUGUGUUGAGCACCCGCUUCAGUCAUGACCACACUCAGAGAGUGAUAACUCCUCUGAGGCCAGGCUAGUUGGCUUCUGGUUUUUGACAGAGGAUGAGUGAGGGCUGAAACACUUUUUAUUGUUUUAUCGAAAGCAGUGGUGAUUUUGGUCUGGAAAUUCUGGUGGGGCCAUGCAGGAAAAUCUCAUAAUGCAAUUCAGAAAUACCAGAUAUUAUUCUCAUACCCUCAAAACAAAAAGACAGCAACAAGCGAGAAAGGGGACCACGGCACCUUUGACGACAAAACUGCAGCUAAAUAAUGCCAUCACACAAACAAUGUCAAUCUAGCGACAUUAUCAUACCAAUAGCGCCACCAAAUGGCAAUGUUCAAGACCUCACAAUAUCAAAUAGGCCUAUUUGAGAUUGAAACAACGUGAUAAUAAUAGAAACACAAAGCUGUGAACAGCCACACCCAAUAUACAAUCAAUAUACAAAGCCACCACACACAAUAUACCACGGCCAAACAGCCAUUUCAGCAAACAAAGAUAGGUGAAGAGCUCCCUUAGGGAGCCAGGUUGUGUCCACCGCAUACACCCACACACGUAUCACCAGUUACGCAUUACAUAAAUUCCACUUUACUACAUCAUAAAUUCCAUGUAGAAUAAUAGAUUCACCGAUGUGGAUCACAUUUUGAAGAGGAGUGACACUCUGUGGUCCUUCAUGUGGGCAAAUUUCUCUGUGACCUUGCUGUUAAAAUCCAACAGUCCAUGGAUGAGUUCACUUUGCUAUGCUGCGUUACUAUGACAGCCGAGCUAGCAAGACCUGUGCAGUUCCCGCUCUUUUUUCUAAUCAGCCAAUGAAAAGCGCCCUGGGGCCCUGAACUUAAAGGACAAUUUUUCCUCUGCUUGCUACAUAAAGCAAUUAACCAGGUGAUUGAUAAUGUAGAAGAAGCGUGAUCCAAAUGAAUAAUUAUUACUUUGCACUUUCAUGACUGAGCGCCCUGAGAGUGGCAGCAAGUCACAGCAGCUCUUCACAGAGUUUACAUUUUUGCCUUCUUAUUGUUGUUUUUUGCACCUUAUUUGUCUUUCUUUUUAUUAAGCAGUGUUGUGUUUUGCAUAUUCUAACCAUGGAUGUGUAUUUCAUGACUCUGGCACUUUGUUUUCUUUUACUUUUUGGAGUUUUUAAGUCUGCGUCUGGUGACCCGUUCAGCGGCUCCAUUGUUUACAGCCGCGAACAGCUGUUGGCGCUGCGACAAGCCCGGCCACCUUCGUGGGAGAGACCGGACAUCCCUGCCAAACUCCGUAGGAGGAGGAGAGGAUGCAGAGCCGGAGUUCAGCAUUGGGCAAAGCAGAGACAUUUUAAGCCAACUGCUGUCCCGUCCAUCAUCAUGGGAAACGUUGAGGGGUCUUCCCAUCAAGAUGGAAGAGCUCACUGCACUGACUCAGCUGCAGUGGGAGUACCGGGAGUGCAGCCUCAUGAUGUUCACAGAGUCAUGGCUGAACGAACUCAAUCCGGACCCGCUCGUAACUUUGGACAGAUUUCACCUCGUCAGAGUGAACCGGAGUGUGAGGGAGAGUGGUAAAGAAAGGAGGCGGGAUAGCGGUGUAUGUGAAUGAGAGAUGGCGUAAUGCUGGGCACGUCAGUGUUAAAGAGCAGCACUGCUCUAAGGACAUUGAGCUGCUGGCUGUGAGUUUGUGGCCAUAUUACCUGCUGAGGGAGUUUCGCACGUCAACACGUUAACUGUUUACAUCCCCCCUCGGCUGAUGCUGCUGCAGCCUGUGAACUCCUCCAUAGUGAAGUGUCCAAGCUACAAACAUCACACCCUCAGUCUCUGAUCAUCAUCUUUGGAGACUUUAAUCAUGCAUCGCUGUCCUCCACUCUCCCUACCUUCAGCCAGUGUGUAAACUGCCCAACGAGAGACAAUAAAACUUUGGACUUACUGUAUGCAAACACCAAGGAUGUAUACACCUCCUCCCCCCUUCCCCCGCUGGGCCGCUCAGAUCACAACCUGGUGAGACUGCAGCCCAUUCACAUACCUAUGGUGAAGAAACAACCCCCCACCAUCAGGUAUGUUAAGAGGUGGUCUGAGGAGGCCACUGAGGUGCUGCAGGACUGGGAUGUACUGUGCGGCUCACAUGGUGAAGACAUCGACACCAUGACAGAUCACGUCACGGACUAUAUAAACUUCUGUGUAGAGAACACCGUACCCACCAGGAAAGUACAGUGUUUCUCCAACAGCAAACCCUGGGUGACCCCUGAACUUAAAAUCCUCCUGAAGGAGAAGAGGAGGGUCUUUAAAUUUGGGGACAGGGAGGAGCUGAGGAGGGUGCAGAAGGAGCUGAAGAAGAAGAUCAGAGAGGGGAAGGCCAGCUACAAGACCAAGAUGGAAAACCUUCUGCAACAAAAAAACGCGAGGGAGGUCUGGAGAGGCCUGAAAUCCAUCUCAGGUCAUAGCAGGGGCCAUGAGAGGGGACCUGAAGCAGGAGACAGGGAGUGGGCCAACGAGCUGAAUCUGUUCUUCAAUAGAUUUGACUCUGCUCCCACUCCUCCCCCAACUCAUCAAACAACUGCUGCUUCUUCUUCACACCACCUCAGUUCUCUGGCACCGGCAUCAUCACCCCUGGGAAUACAGGACUGUCAUCACUGACUUUGUCAACUGGUGUGGCACAAACCACCUCCAGCUCAACGCCAGUAAGACAAAGGAGAUUCAUGGGUGUCCACCUCAACAAUAAACUGGACUGGUCAACCAACACAGACGUCCUGUACAAGAAGGGCCAAAGUCAUCUCCACCUGCUGAGGAGACUGAGGAUCUUUGGAGUGUGCAGGACUCUGCUCAGGACUUUCUAUGACUCUGUGGUAGCAUCUGCACUUUUCUAUGCAGUGGCCUGCUGGGGGGCAGGGAGCACCGAGAGGGACAGGAAGAGACUGAACAGACUGGUCAGAAGGGCCAGUUCUGUCCUGGACUUCUCCUUGGACUCCCUGGAGGAGGUGGGUGAGAGGAGGAUGUUAACAAAGCUUGUAUCCAUCAUGAACAAUCCCUCUCACCCACUGCACCAGACUGUGGGGGCUUUAAGCAGCUCCUUCAGCAGCAGACUUAGACUCCCACCUUGCAAGACGGAGCGCUACUGCAGGUCAUUCCUCCCUUUUGCAACUAGACUUUACAACGAACUGUAAUAAAACUGGACUCACACCACCACUUUUUUUCUGGUACUUAAAUUGUGUAUAUUGUAUAUAGUUUUAUUUUUUCUUCUCCCCUUUUCCUUUUCUAUUUUUUUUUUCUUAAUUAGAACAUUUAUUUAAGUUCUUAAGGUACGAUCUUUAUUUUUAUAACUGCAUUUUUGAACUUUGUCUGUGAUGCUGCUGUGGCAAAAAAAAUUUCCCGUAUGGGGGAUCAAUAAAGGAAUAUUCUAUUCUAUUCUAUUCUAUUACAUUACAUUACAUUUUAUUCAAAAUAUUUUAGUAGUCAUGGGUUAACUUUUUGUAGCCAUUUGUUUCAAAAAUAUCAUCUGUGGCCAUCUGAGGUGAUAUAUGAGCUGUAUUAAGGCUAAACCAGAUCAGUCAUUGAUUCUUCAAAGUUGGUUUUGUUGUAUCUGGUCUGUCCGCGAUGUGUAGAUGCAGAGGGAGGCUUUGAGACACUGGCUUGCUUGUAUAAGAGGAGUUUAUUAUAAAGACAACACCAGUAUCAAUACAGCACUGCAGUUGCUGGAAGAGGACUGCCAAUGAUGUCCAGCUCUCCCAAACCAGAGUUUGUGACCCUGUUAUAUAUGGUGAGGGAUGUAGGCCCUCCUACAUCCUCUCUUUGUCCCCAAGCUAUCUUUCGUUACCAUCUGGUUUUUACCUAGCCUUGAAAUGUGACCUGUGACCUGCAAAACCCCAGAAUGUCUGGACCAGGUACCAUAAAAGUGACACAAGCCCACAUUCCAUGUUGGUGCAGUACUCCAGAUACCACAGUUUUGACUUCAUAUUAGCAUACUAAAAUUUGUAUGUGGCACAUAAAUGUGGACGCUUGCUAUGGUUGACAGUUGCUGACUAAAAGCCCUUGGAAAUUCGUCGUAGUUCCUCACAUAUUAUACUGUAUGUGGUAUGUUAGAUUCUUGUCUGUCACAGCUGCUGGUAAUUGACUGUAUAUUUGAGCCUGGUGAAAUAAAAUAUUCUUUGUUAUCACACAGUUGUACACUGUUUAUUACUGAUGUGGACUGUAAAAAUGUAAACAGUACGGCUAAUUUUUUUAAAAUUAGAUUUUCUCAUUUGUCAAUGUAGGAAAUGUAUGUAAUUGACGGUAUUUUUCAGCACAUUGUACUGAAUAGGUUUUACAUAAAAAUGACUUAUUAUCAGUAUAAUAUUGUGAAGGAAUUUACAAACCUGUUUUUUUAAGUCAUGCAAUUUCUUUAAAACAUUUUUUUAUAGUGGAAUUAAUGGUAUUCAAAACAGUAGAUCGUAAUGACUUAAAUAUUGUUACUAUAUUUUUUAUGUUAAAUUUCUGCCAGCCAUGGUUGUGGUAAUUUAACAUAAAAUAUACAAUUAUUUUACAAACUGUCGGAAGAAUCUGUCUUCUCUUUGUAACUCCCUUUGCAACUCUUCAUCAUUGAACUUUCAGGUCCAUCUAAUUAUUCCAGUAACGGAGGAUGGCGUUUUAAUGCAACAGUGACGGUGAAGGCGGAUUACCAGCAGUUGAUGACCAAGACAGGAGGACAUCUGAAUCACCUCAGAUUACUACAGGGAAUGGUAAAACUACUGCCUCUACAGAUUCACAUGACCGUUUUCCUCAAAUCAAAUGUCAUGCUCCGGUUGAGAGUUCAGGUGCUGUUAUGUGUCUCUGAUUUACUCUAGGAUACAAACUGAUGACCUAUUCACUCACCAGCUAAUGCUUUUUUCUAGCAAUUGCUAGCCAACAUUACCUAAAGAGGAGGUACGAACAGGUGAUUGGUUUCAGAUUCCAUCCUUGUCAGCAGGUGGAUUUAUCCUGCAAAACUACAAGGUGGUACAUUUGUUCCUGGCUGGAAUAAGACUGGACCAGUCAGCGUGAUUAGAGGAGAUAAAGGCUGACAGAGACCAAGCAUGUUUUGGUUGUGGUGUCUUUAGAGGAGGAAUCUCUUCAGCCUGACGGUUCCAUCUAGUUAAAUUUUAAGGGGUUGGUGAUAAAGACUUUGGGCUCUAUUUUCGUGCUUCGCCGGAGACGUGCUGCAGGCGCGGUGUAAGUCAGAUCCGCCGCGUUGACAAGGCGUUCCCAAGCACAAUUUGGUAUUUUGGUGAACGCCGCAGCCCGGCAUAAGUAUCCCCCCUCCCUAACUCAGCUCCUCCCGGUGCCUUUAGUUGUAGCGAGGGAGGAGAGAGGGCAUGGAGUGAGUUUAACACAGCCGAGACCUGUAUUGACCAAUAACAUUGGCUCCUCUCCUCGCCUUUAAAUCCGCCACCGAGGCGUAUUACAAUUUUCGUGAGGUAGUCAAAGAGAUCAAGAGAUGUCGGAAGACAGUAAUGCUUCACAAUGGUGACAGAAGGCAGCUUCUCAACAAGUGUCACUGUAAGCGCUGCAGAGGGCGUCUUUCACACUCUCUCAUAUGAGCACAGACGGAUUGGGUGUGUGUAAUGUUGGACGCACUAGUAAGACAAACACCCUUUCCACAAAUAAAGACACUCACAUAAAGUUGCACAUAUUCAUGUAUAUAUAUAUAUAUGUAUAUAUAUAUAUAUAUAUAUAUAUAUAUAUGUAUAUAUAUAUAUAUAAAUAAUAUAUAUGUAUAUAUAUAUAUACUGUAUAUAUAUAUGUAUAUAUAAAUUUGAAAUGAAUUCUUGGGCGCUGGGCCCAUAACCUGUUAACAGAGUUACCGUCAACUUCUUCAGCAGCGCUAGGCCAGGAAACAAUACAGCGAAUAAAGGAGACCGAGACUUGUGUGUCAGGUUCACUCAUUCAACUGAUCUAAGUUUGUUUUAAUGAAUGGCAAAUAUAUACAGGUUUAGGUAACAGGCACUUCCGGUCCAGUGCUUCACAAUUAGAGUGAACACAAUACAAUACAACUGAGGUCAUAUCUCAACACCCCUCAACAAGUGGAGCUGUAAACGCUGCAGAGGGUGUUCUUUACACUCUCUCAUAUGAGCACAGAUGGAUUUGGUGUGUGUAAUGUUGGACGCACUAGUAAGACAAACACCCUUUCCACAAAUAAAGACACUCACAUAAAGUUGCAUAUAUUCAAACCUCACGUGACAAAGGUGGGUUGUGCGCACAGAUCACAACAUGAAUUCCAAUAAUGGCUUUAAAAUCGGAACCAUCUGUGUGUAAUGACACAUCGCGCCCUGUGACCUAGCUCUUUCUUUUAUAGAUGUUGGCAUACAAGAUAAAUUUGGCUCCCAAACUGAAUAUUAUAAUAUUCAUAUGUAGGCUUAAAGUAAAUAACUCAUCUGAUCACUGAAACAAAUCAUCUGUUCAGCUUUGCUGCUGCAGCAGCUGCAGCAGGACGGGGAGAGGAGACGGACACAUGUCCAGGUCCAGCUGCGCGAGAAAUAAAAGGGAGAGGAAGAAAGAAAAGGAGGGAGAUGAAUUACAUAUCUUGUUCACUUUAUCAUGUGUGUCUAUUUACUAGAUAUUUAAUUUAAUUUAAUGCGGUUUCAACUGUUGAUUCGGUCAGGUUGAGUGUCCAAACACGCUCAUCAGAUCAGACAUAGAUCAGUAUAUAUCUAUAGAUCUAAAUGUAUGUGCUGGCUCAGAUUAUAAGUUGUUGAUGAUUAUUUAUUUCACUGAAAUGUGCCUGACACUGUGGAAACCUGCAGGUGAGGCAUCAGUGACGUAUGCCAAUACACCGCAGGUCUACCAAAAUACCACGAGGCCAGCUGCGCUUCGCCUGAAAGCUGACCAUGUUUGAAUCGGCAAGCUUUCAGCGCACUUUAUACCCCACCAGCGAGUGCGAAAAUGUCACUGCGGCAGUUGAUUCUGUCGACACCUUCCUCUGCCACGCCACCACGCCCAGCAUGGCGGACCUCGGUGCGCCUCAGUCCACGAAAAUACCAAACUGGCUGUAUGCCAGGCUCUGCCAGACGAAAAUACCAAUGCGCGGGGUCCGCCACCCUCCGCCGCCUCACCGGCGGACAAGAAAAUUGAGCCCAUUGUUUUCCGGGCCCUAUCAUGCUUAAUUUUGGUUAAGAAACCAAAAUUAGCCUAUAAUUUUUUUCAUCACAUAAUAUUUUUUAGACAGCAACCAAAAAAGGAGUAGGCUGAAGCCCAGUGGCAUAUUUUUGCCUAUCCUGUACUAUCAUAAGAUUGACCGAAUAAUUCAGAAAACAACAUCAACGCGAAUACAUCAGUACCAAAUACUUGAUAUUUUAAAUUGAAAAUCAAAUUAAAUCAAGUUUCAAUUCAUAUGGCAACCUUUGAUCAAGUCUUCUUGAAAACCAACAUAAAAUUACACAUCUUCAGUUCACCAUUUAGUCUAUUCCAUAACUUCACUCCCAAAACUGACACACAUCUGUACUUGAGAUUGGUUUUCAUUUUCUCAAUUUCAAACAUCAGCAACUCCCUUAAAUUAUAAAUCCCCUGUCUUAGUUUUUUUUUUCUAACACAAACAGGAAUGCUCUCAUUCACCACUGGAAACAUAAUGUCUAAUGUUCUUAAAUAUAUAAUGUCAAGAAAUUUUAACCUGGAUGAUCUUGUAAAGGGCUGAUUGGUAGAAUCACAGUAUGCUUUCUUUGAUUUUGAAAAAUUUACCCUGUUCCAGUGGAUAAAUAAGAAACACGUUAUUCUAGUAUUUAACUCUCCCUCAUAAUAAUAUUCACAAGUCAUAUUAACAUUUUGAUAGAAGUGAAUGUCUGAAUCAAUGCCAUUUUCAAACUCAUAAAAUUUGUGAUGGUCAGUUUUGUUUGUUCACACAUUGUCAUCCAUACGUAUUAAUUCCCACAUGCAUCACAUCAAUUACAUUACACACAAACAAACAAAAAAGACUGACAUUUCUCUGCUAAUACAUCAUUUUUCAUUUAUAUCUCUCAAGAUCUGUGAUAUCUCUGACAGCGAUUACUUUUGCUUGUUCUGGUGCACCACUGAGUCUUUAUGAAUAUCUACAGUUCCUUGUCCAGGUGUCUUGAAUGUGUCUUUCCUUCUUCUGGAGUCUUGCUUGUCACUCAAGUUCAGCAUUUCUCUUUGUGAGAUGCUUGUUUACAUAUACUCCUGGUCCCUUUAGCAAGCUUUAACACCUCAAUUUUAUGUUUUCUGUUCACAAAUCAGACUAUGAUGGUUGGCCUCUUGUUUUGUUUUUGUGGGAUAGGGUGACAUGCAGCUACAUUUUUACUAUCCAAGGGAAUGUUUUUAUCAUUGAAAAACUUAAUGGGCUCUAUUUUUGUGUCCGCCGGUGAGGCGGCGGAGGGUGGCGGACACCGCACAGUGGUAUUUUCGUCUGGCGGAGCCCGGCGUACAGCCAGUUUGGUAUUUUCGUGGACUGAGGUGCACUGAGGUCCGUGGUGGCGAGGCAGGGGGAGGUGUCGUCAGAAUCAGCAGCCGCAGUGACAUUUUCGCGCUCGCUGGUGGGGUAUAAAGUGCGCUGAAAGCUCGCCGAUUCAAACAUGGUCAGCUUUCAGGCGAAGCGCAGCUAGUGGUAUUUUGGUAGACCUGCGGCAUAUCAGCAUACGUCACCGAUGCCUCACCGGCAGGUUUCCACAGUGUCAGGCACAUUUCAGUGCAAUAAAUAAUCAUCAACAACUAAUAAUCUGAGUCAGCACAUACAUUUAGAUCUAUAUAGAUAUAUUCUGAUCUAUAUCUGAUCUGAUGAGCGCGUUUGGACACACAACCUGACCGAAUCAACCGCAUCAAAUCAAAUUAAAUAUCUAGUAAAUAAACACACAUGAUGAAGUGAACAAGAUAUGUAAUUUGUCUCCCUCCUUUUCUUCCUCUUCCUCUUAUUUCUCGCGCAGCUCGACCUGGACAUGUCUCCGUCACCUCUCCCCGUCCUGCUGCAGCGGCUGAACAGAUGAUUUGUUUCAGUGAUCAGAUGAGUUAUUUACUUUAAGCCUACAUAUGAAUAUUAUAAUAUUCAGUUUUGUGAGCCAAAUUUAUUUCACAUGCCAACAUCUAUGAAAGAAAGAGCCAGGCCACGGAGCGCAAUGCGUCAUUUACGCACAGAUGGUUCCGAAUUUAAUGCCAUUAUUGGAGUUUAUUUUGUGAUCUCUGCACACAACCCACCUUUGUCACGUGAGGUUUGAACGUAUGCAACUUUAUGUGAGUGUCUUUAUUUGUAGAAAAGGGUGUUUGUCUUACUAGUGGGUCCAACAUUACACACACCAAAUCCAUCUGUGCUCAUAUGAGAGAGUGCGAAGGACGCCCUCUGCAGCGCUUACAGUGACACUUGUUGAGGGGCUGCCUUCUGUCGCCCUCGUGUGGCAUUACUGUCUUCAGACAUCUCUUGGUCUCUUUGACUACUUCACUAACGAGCUGAGUUAGGGAGGGGGGAUACUUACGCCGGGCUGCGCCGCUCACCAAAACACCAAAUUGUGCUCUGGAAUGCCUUGUCAGCACGGCAGACCUGAAUUAUGCCGCACCUGCGGCAAGUCUCCGGCGAGGCACGAAAAUAGAGCCCUAUCACUUGCUGCUUAAGUAAAAGGUUUUCACCUCUUGGUGCAUCCUCCCCCUCCUUGUCACCAGCUGUGAUCCAUGCAUUGGUGUAGUGGUUCAUCUCAAGCCCAGAUACCACCACAUCUUCCAUUCCUCUUCUAUAGUACUCCAGGUCUUCUACUCUUUUCCCCAGCUCUUCAACUUCUUCUCUUUUUCUUUAUUCAUAGCCUUCAGUUGUCUAUCUUCAUCAAUGACUAAACUGCACCACAGUUUAUAUCUCCCACCACUUCUAAUUCCUCUGACAUAAAAUAAAGGGACUUUUUAACCUCUAUCUUCUGAUCAUGACUUAGUUCAGAAGAAAAAAACACUUUGGGGCUCCAGUCAAUCCAGUGAUGUUGGCUGUAGAGUAUGUGUCAUAAAAAUCACCCAAAACUUAAAAAUAGCAGAAAAUAACCCCUACAAACUAAAGCACAACUUUUGUGUAGAGUUAAGAAACGCAACUAAUCUCUCGGAUAUUAAGCCCUUUUUAUUUGAUAGAUUGCUAAAGCUGACCAGCAGAGUUUCUAACUUGCAGCCAUUGAAACAGCCAAGCAGCAGAAUAACAGCAGAAAUGAAUGUGUUUACAGCCUGGCUCCAUAAAUGAUUCUAGUACCAAUUGCUCAUUUCUCUAUUAGUACACUGGAUGGGGAUUGAAUUUUAUAUAAAUCAUUUCCUCGGUAAGUAAUGAAGUUAGAUGUUUUGUACAAUUGGGGGUAUGGCUGACUUGACUGAUGGGUGGUCACACUGGAGCUGGAGGUGAAGAGUACAGAGGCUGGCCUCAACUCCACCUCUGUACUUUUCGUCUGGCGGAGCCCGGUGUAAGGCGAGUUUGGUAUUUUCGUGGACUGAGUCGCACGGAGGACAUUGCUGAGGCUACAUUUAUGCUCUCUACAUGGUAAACACUUAAAUUGCCUGGUAGUUGAUGGAAGCCAAUGUUUGCCAUCGUCUGACUGUAGCUGCUAACUGUGCUGUAUGUUGUUAAAUCUUAAAUAUUGACAUCUGAAUUUUCCCUGUUUCACUGUUUAUUUGGAGGCAGAAAAUAGAAAACAAUUGCCAGAAACCCUUAGAAUAUUCCACAGUGUCAGGCAGAUUUCAGUGCAAUAAAUAAUGAUCAAAAACUAUUAAUCUGAGUCAGCACAUACAUUUAGAUCUAUAUCGAUAUAUUCUGAUCUAUAUCUGAUCUGAUGAGCGCGUUUUGCUGCUAUGAUGUAUCUAUUCCUUUCAGCUGAAACUGCAUCAAAUUAAAUUAAAUAUCUAGUAAAUAAACACACAUGAUGAAGUUAACAAGAUAUGUAAUGUGUCUCCCUCCUUUUAUUUUCCACUCAAAGGUGGCAGGGGCCAUGCAGGCAGAUGUUACGGUUCGUCACCUCAGCUCGUGGCCUCUUCACCUCCUGCUGCUGCAGCAGCUGAACAGAUGA